CUCUCCCCAAGGAACCUUCCCACCUAAGCAUGGCCAGCUCGCUCGCUGCUUUGGCAUGGCUCAGCGCAUCACCAGCUAGUCCACCACGGUGCCGGGGCGGUCAGGAUCCAGCCAUUUGCGUGCCAUGCCGGCGACCCCUCGUCCUGCAAUUGCCCGACCCUCAUCAAUGUCCCCCACUCGGGCUCCCUGGUUUUAGCCUCUCUCAGUCUCGACUAGGAGCUUGACGAGAUGUCGUCGCUCUUCACCUACCUAAUGCGGAAUACACAGUCACACGCAACGCAACGACCGUAGGCCGGCAAAAAUAGAAACCCUCGUGGACACUGCCGUAGCACUUCUCGUCGCCCUACAAGUUGCGGGCGGCGCGGCGCUCCUCCGUUUCCAUGGUCACCACGUGAGGGCAGAGGCUACCAGUGGGUGUGACGUGCUUGUCUGGCGUCAUUGUCGUUGUCACCGCCCGUGUCUUCUCACGCCGGCCUUCAAUCAAGUCGCUGCCACACGUGAUGCCGAGACCCAUUGGCCGUGGACGCCCCUCGAGACCAGCCGGACCCCAAUCAGUGACACCAGAUCUCCCCUACGUUCAGCUACCGUGUGCUAUCCAGCAGCCAGCCCUGCUCGCUGAACCUCACCCCAGUUUGGGCGCCAUUGACUUUGCUUCCUCGCGACUUCCAACACAUAUACAUUCGACAAGAGCUUGUAAAGCCUCCGAUAUCCCGGCGUCGUGUCACCCACCGGACUUUGCAUCUCAUCGACGAACACAGCACCAGACCACCUCCCCAAACGAGGCGUCAUAGAAACGUCGCAAACCCAAUGCUAACUCUGAUUGGCCCCCUAGCUUCUCCCCCGGUCGCGGCCCCUGUGGCAUCUCCCAGAAGCUCUUGGUCGCCCGGAAUUAUGAUGCGCCGCCUUCCGCUCCCGCAAUUGGGUAAUUGGGGGGGCGCGCUGUGGGGACCCGCCUGCCCAUUCAUUGCCUCCUUCCUUCGGCUUCUAUGGCCGGGGUUAUCCAUUUUUCUCGGGCCAAAAAAAUUCGCUUCCUUCUCCUUCCUCUCACCAUCUCUGUCUCCAUCCCUCUAUAUCACUUCCCUCCCAUACCCUCCUCCUUCAUACCCCUUCCUUGAGCGCGCUGUCAUCCUCCCUCAUUUCUUGUAAUUUGUAUCCACAUCUUCACAAUCAAGAUGCUGGCUUCGCGUCUCUCCCGAGCUCUUCCCCGAGCUACCCCCAUCACAGCCCGCUCGGCCGCCUUCGCCAGGGCUCCUCUGGCCAACAGAUUCGCUCGCUAUGAGUCUACGGCUGCCGAGGGUGAGGGCAAAGUUCAGGGUUCCGUGAUCGGCAUCGAUCUGGGUACCACCAACUCUGCCGUCGCCAUCAUGGAGGGCAAGGUUCCUCGCAUUAUUGAGAACUCCGAGGGUGCCCGUACUACUCCCUCCGUUGUUGCCUUCGCCGAAGACGGCGAGCGCCUCGUCGGUGUCGCCGCCAAGCGACAGGCCGUCGUCAACCCAGAGAACACCCUGUUCGCCACCAAGCGGUUAAUAGGACGCAAGUUCACCGACCCUGAGGUCCAGCGCGAUAUCAAGGAGGUUCCCUACAAGAUCGUCCAGCACUCCAACGGCGAUGCCUGGGUCUCUGCUCGCGACCAGAAGUACUCUCCCUCGCAGAUUGGUGGCUUUGUCCUCAACAAGAUGAAGGAGACCGCCGAGGCCUACCUGUCCAAGCCUGUUAAGAACGCCGUCGUCACUGUCCCUGCCUACUUCAACGACGCCCAGCGCCAGAGCACCAAGGACGCUGGCCAGAUUGCCGGUCUCAACGUUCUCCGUGUCGUCAACGAGCCAACGGCCGCUGCCCUCGCUUACGGUCUCGAGAAGGAGGCUGACCGCGUCGUCGCCGUCUACGAUCUUGGUGGUGGCACCUUCGAUAUCUCCAUCCUCGAGAUCCAGAACGGCGUCUUCGAGGUCAAGUCCACCAACGGUGACACCCACCUGGGCGGUGAGGACUUCGACAUCCACCUCGUCCGCCACAUGGUUGCCGACUUCAAGAAGACCUCUGGUAUCGAUCUGUCUGGCGACCGCAUGGCCAUCCAGCGUAUCCGUGAGGCCGCCGAGAAGGCCAAGAUCGAGCUGUCGUCGUCUCUCCAGACCGACAUCAACCUGCCCUUCAUCACCGCCGACUCCUCUGGCCCCAAGCACAUCAACAUGAAGCUCACCCGCGCCCAGCUCGAGAAGAUGGUGGACCCUCUCAUCAGCCGCACCAUCGAGCCCGUCCGCAAGGCCCUCAAGGACGCCAGCCUCCAGCCCAAGGAGAUCCAGGAGGUCAUCCUCGUCGGUGGCAUGACUCGCAUGCCCAAGGUCGCCGAGUCCGUCAAGGGCAUCUUCGGCCGCGACCCCGCCAAGUCCGUCAACCCUGACGAGGCUGUCGCCAUCGGUGCCGCCAUCCAGGGUGCCGUCCUCUCCGGUGAGGUCAAGGACCUGCUGCUCCUCGAUGUCACCCCCCUGUCCCUCGGUAUCGAGACUCUGGGCGGCGUCUUCACCCGUCUGAUCAACCGCAACACUACCAUUCCUACCAAGAAGUCCCAGGUCUUCUCUACCGCCGCCGAUUUCCAGACGGCUGUCGAGAUCAAGGUCUAUCAGGGUGAGCGUGAGCUUGUCCGCGACAACAAGCUUCUGGGCAACUUCCAGCUCGUCGGCAUCCCCCCUGCCCACCGCGGUGUGCCCCAGGUCGAGGUCACCUUCGACAUUGAUGCCGACUCCAUCGUCCACGUCCAUGCCAAGGACAAGUCCACCAACAAGGACCAGUCCAUCACCAUUGCCUCCGGCUCCGGUCUCUCCGAUAACGAGAUCCAGCAGAUGGUUGAGGACUCCGAGAAGUACGCCGAGGCCGACAAGGAGCGCAAGGCUGCCAUCGAGGCUGCCAACCGCGCCGACAGCGUCCUCAACGACACCGACCGUGCCCUGAACGAGUACGCCGACAAGCUCGACAAGGCCGAGGCCGACGGCAUCAAGGAGAAGAUUGCCUCUCUCCGUGAGUUCGUCGCCAAGAGCCAGUCUGGCGAGGGCACCGCCACCGCCGCCGAGAUCAAGGAGAAGACGGACGAGCUCCAGAUGGCCAGCCUGAACCUCUUUGAUAAGAUGCACAAGGCUCGCAACGAGUCUGGCGAGGGCCAGCAGGCCUCGGGCGAGCAGCAGGCUCCCGAGGGCGAGAAGAAGGACGAGAACAAGCCUUGAAAAGGUAGCUUCUGAACCUUGAUGAUUUGUCCGAAUAUUGGAGGAGCGUGGGGAGCGACAUAGAUCCCUUUGACUUCUUGUUGUAUUACAGUGUAUCAUAUCCCGUCUCAGCCGCAGCUUGACGUUUCACACUUUUGGUCCCAUGUUUUUAAUACCAUGGUUGGCGGGGGAUUCUGGCGUUGGAGCAUCAAAACCUCUUUGAGAGUUCAUCUCCGGUUGUGCUUAUGAGACGACGGCAUGGACACGCAGGGGAGCGUUGUUGUUUUUUUGGAUGGCUUGAAAAAGUGCAAGGCCUUGUACAGGUAGAUGAUAAUACCAGCUCCCCCCUCUCAACUACGGUUGCUUCAAAUGCAAAUGCCAC